AUGGCGUCCGCGAGGCGAGGUAUGAAGAAGCAAGCGAGAGAUGCGAACCGCCGGAAGUCAUCCCUAACCAUCGAUCUAAAUUCCCCUCCGUCGGUGCCUGCGGUUCGGCAUGCGGAGGGGACCUCAGCUAUGGCCGAGGCUGCCACAGCUGAGAUGACCGCGUUGCCAAUUGAUAUCGAGGCGAUCGAGGACGACGAUGUGCAGUUGCUGUCCUCCCCUAGGGCGUUUACUCAGGUAAGGGAUCAGUUGAGGGUACGCCCAGUGAUGGUGGUGCUGGAUGAAGACUCGGAAUUAAGCACUGGAACUUCAGUGAUCAAUGUAGACGAUCAUCUUUCUAGAGUACCUCUCAAUAACUUUAGAAGACGUCAAAGGCUUUCACCAAAUAGGGCUGUGAUUAAUUGUGAGGCUUAUGUGAAUGUUGAAGAUGAUCACGUAGCCAAGGUACUCCCAAAUUUAAAGUGA